CAAAAUGAAUAAUAAAAAUCGGUCGCCGGCUUUGUAACAACAUCGAUCUGCAUCAUCCUCACGCAAUUUUUAGAGAAAAGUUAAAUUUGUUUGAACAUAUUUUGAGUUUAUCCUGUUUUUACUGCGUUAUUUGAAUAAAAAGGAAGAAUCCCGCGGUAGAAUGUCUUCGCCUGCACCUAAAUCACCAGAACUUUCGGACAAGAGCCGCAAAUACGAUCGGCAAAUUAGGCUGUGGGGCGAACAUGGCCAAACGCUGCUCGAGAACGCCCACAUUUGUUUAAUUAGUGCCACUGCCCUGGGAACGGAAAUUUUAAAAGGGGUGGUGCUUCCCGGCGUCGGAGGAUUCACCAUCGUCGACAAUGCCAUUGUCUCGGAGGAAGACAUCGGGUGCAACUUCUUCCUGGACUCGGCCAGUUUGGGGCAAUCGAGGGCCAAAAGUUGCAUGCAACUGCUGCAGGAGCUGAACCCAGAUGUGAACGGGGACUACGUGGAUGAGAAUGUGGACCAACUGAUGGACUCGCAGGCGGAUUUCUUCCGGAACUUUGACGUUGUGGUCGCGACGGGUAUCAACGAGAGGACCGUGGCUCGGCUGUCAAAUUUUCUGUGGGACCAGCAAAUUCCCUUAGUGGUGUGUCGUUCGGUAGGGUUCUACGGUGUGGCCCGGCUGCAGGUGAAGGAGCACUGCGUGGUGGAAUCUCAUCCGGAUAGCCGGCAGACUGAUUUGCGGUUGGAACAUCCAUUCGAGGCGCUGAAGAAACAUAUGGCCGAUACGGAAGUUACCUCGAAGGUUCCGUGGCUGGUUGUGAUAUAUAAGAGCCUGCAGGAAUGGGUCGAUAGCCAUGGAGGACGAUAUCCGGCAAAUUACAGGGAAAAGUCGGACCUGAGGGAUCUGAUCCGCAGUAAGAUGACUGCGGAUGAGGAAAACUUCGAGGAAGCAAUAAGAGCGGUAAAUUCGAGUUUCGGAGGCGGAAAACCAGGAUCGUCGAUCAGUGAGAUUUUGGCGGAUGAUAGCUGUUUGAACGUGAGGAAGGAGAGCAAUGCAUUUUGGAUUUUGGCUCGAGCGCUGCGAGAUUUCGUAGAUAACGAAGGUGGCGGAUUGCUUCCGCUUCCUGGUGUAUUGCCAGACAUGACUGCCGACACAAGCUCUUACAUCAAUUUGCAGAAUGUGUAUCGAGCGCAGGCCGCCCACGAUGCCGAGAUUGUUUACCGCCGAGCUCGUCAGCUGCUUAAGGAACUCAACAAGCCGAAUGAUUUCAUAACCGAGAAGGACGUUAAACUGUUUUGCCGCGAAGCAGCCAAUGUGGCCAUCGUACGCGGAACCAAAAUUGCAGAUGAGUAUGACAAAGGUUACAAGGCGUCGCAGAUUUCCGCCGGACUGGAAACGCCAAGCUCUUUGAUGGCUCACUAUGUGACCCUGCGUGCGGUGGACAAAUUCCAGGCUGAGCACGGUUACUUGCCCGGUGAGUGCCAGGUCGAGGGAGAUACUUCCCGAAUCAAGAGCAUUGCGGCCAAGAUGAUAAACGAGUGGGGCAUCAGUACUCCGAUUAGUGACGACUUGGCGCACGAGAUCUGUCGCUAUGGUGGCGCGGAAAUCCACAGCAUUUCGGCUUUCUUCGGUGGCUGUAUCGCUCACGAACUUAUAAAGCUGAUUACAAAGCAAUACAAACCGUUUGAUAAUACGAUUGUUUAUGAUGGGACCACGGCGCAGACGGAGACCUUCAAACUGUAGAACGGUGAAAGGUAAGUUUGCAUGUUGGAGGAGUCGUACUUUAGGGGGUUCACGUUAUUAAAGCAUCUCUCAUUAGAAAGCAGUAGAAUAAAAUAUUGGUUCAUCUCA